CGAACUUUUGUGUUAUUAAAAAGGUAAAUGACAUGCUGCUUCUUUUUAUUCAAUUAACUUUAAAUGUCAAGGAUACGAAACAUGUCUUUGAUUGUUUAUUUGUGAAGGUACAAUAAUUCUUUUACAUCAUAUUGAUUUUGAAGAUCUCACAAAACCUUUGGAAAGAAGCUGGUAAUGACAAUGCCAAGAAUGAUUUCAAUUUUUGUAUUCACCAGUGCCCAGCCCAAUAUAAGAUCAGACAAUUUUUAAUUACAUAAUUUGAUUGCGAACACGAUUCAUUAGCAGACAUGGAACAUAAAAGAAAGGAGAAUAAAUCAGCAUUAAUGUCUCCGUUAGUUUUAGCUAGUCUGAAUAUACAAACUUUGAAUAACAUAGAACGUCAAGAAUCUUUGGUGGAAGAACUUAAUUAUAAUGAUGUACAUAUAGCAUGUCUACAGGAAACAAGAAGAGCUGGAGAGCAUUAUCUUGAUUUAGAAAACUAUCGUGUUUUUUAUAAAGGAGAAACUAAUACCAAAUAUGGGGUAGGAAUCGCAAUUAAAAAUACAAUGCUCGAUAUAAUACGUUCCGGACCAAUGCUCACGGAAAGGAUAUAUCAUUUGAUAAUGAGAAUAAAAGAUGAAAUAAACGUACACAUUAUCAAUGUAUAUGCACCUCAUAAUAAUCUGCCAGCCAUCGAAAAAAAUACAUUUUAUAAAAAACUUUCAGACAUAAUUCUUGGGAUUCCAGAAUCCGAAACAGUUUUCAUAAUAGGAGAUUUCAACGCCCAUGUAGGGCGUGACAGAUCAAAAUGGCCGAAUAUUAUUGGAGAUUAUGGAUAUGGGAAAACGAAUAAUAACGGCAACAGAUUACUACGAUUUUGUGAUUCUUACAAUUUUGUGAUCACAAAUACACAGUUUGACCUCGAAGAAGACCUAAAACAUACAUUUCAAAGCCCUGACGGAAAGAAGAAAACUCAAAUUGAUUUAUGCUUAACUCGACAAAGAGACUUACAAUGUAUUAUACGUUGUGAUCCAUUUAUUCAUAGAAUUCAUCGAUUAGGACAUAAAAUGUUGAUUGUUGAAAUUAAACAAAACAAAAUUAAAACAAGCAUACCGUGUAUUGAGAAAACAAAAGAAUCAUCUCGUAGCGACAAGUUAUUUUUGGAGGCGAAAGAUCAUAUACUACAAUUAGACAAGAAAGGUGAAACGGAGGAGUUUAAAGAUGCAUGGGAGUCAUUUAGAUUAAGCUUCAAAAAUCACUUAGGAAAAAUUGUUGAUAAAAAUGAGGACACAAUUUGGUUUCGUUUAAGACAUGUCGAAGAAGUAAGAGAAUUUCUUGGUAAGAAAAGUUUAUCUGAUCAAAAAUCAACUGAACUUUAUGACACUCCCAUUUCAGCAUUGUCUAAAUGUUUGUGUCUGAUAGAUGAUGGAAGUCGAAAUGAAGACAAUGACAAUGUCUCCAUAUUUAAUGAUAACUUUACAGAUGAGAUCAAUGAAUCUGCUGAUGUGACCUGUAAUUUUCGUGAGAUCUCUUGAAUGCAGAUAAAAGAAGCCAUUACUUUUGUGAUGAAAAACUCUGUGACUAACUUUUCUAUAUUAAGCGUAAAUCGUGAAGAUCUGAAAAACAUUUUUCAAGAUGAAGAGUUUGUAAAAUUAUUUGAGCUAUGCUGGACUCAAGAAAUUAUCCCCACAGAAAUAUUAUUCGCAGAUGUUUUUAGCUCUCACGUUACACCAGCUUACAACGCUAUAUACGUAUUUUCGUUGUUUAGUGAAAUAUUCCAAUAUUGUAUUUACAGAAAACUGAGAUUUUGUAUAAAACAAAACGAACCAGCCCAUGGUUUCCUCAUGACUUUCUCACAAAGAGAGUUGUACUUUUACGUUAAUAAGGUGCGCUGCAAGAGCCUUGCUGUGAAUGAACCAAUGUACAUUGCUGUACUUGAUCUCUCUAGAAUCUCCAUGGCUUUAGAUGCUGGUGUUAUUAUAGAACAUUUGGAAAAACAAGAAAAAGAAAAAAAAGACAUUCCAAGAAAUGUAGUUCACCUGCUGAAAUCAUUUCUUGUCAAAAGUAUAAUUUAUGCAAAAGUAGAUAAAACGAAUGACAAAAGCGACUUUCAUAAAAUUUCAAUGCAAUUUGUCUGGUCUUGUUUUUUAACUGAAUGUUUUACAAAAAGAGAUAGAAAUAGAGGGAUAAAAAUUAUCACAACACCAGUUGGAAACGCUUUACCUAUAAUGGGUUUCGUAUUUGUUGAUUUAGUGAUAUUUCUGGCACAUUCUAAAGAAGAAUUAGAAAACAGUCUUAGCUGCUUAAGCGAAUUCCUACGGAACAAAGCUUUUGAUUAUGAAGAAUUGGAUAUAACAGUCUCUACAAACAAAACAUGCGACCCUCAUGAUGAAUCAAAUGUAUUGAAUUGUUUCGGGGAAAAAAUUAAGCUCUCACCAAGCAUAAACCUUUUAGGGACAAGCUUUGGUUUUUGUAAAGAAUAAGGGACAGAGAUAUUAUUUCUAGAAUAGAAACUGCGCCCAAAGUAAAAAAAAAAGAAAUGUUGCAUCCCAUAAUGCAAAGCGAAGACAUUAAUAUUACAAUAAAACUAUAUAUGGCAAACAUCUUGGAGCCUUUUUUACUUAACCUGGAUAUCUUAACAAUCGAUUCAAGACAAGAAGAUAAACUUCAACAAUUUCAAGACUCAUGUAUAAGAGAAAUUCAAACCUUAAAAAACUUUGAUAAAAAAUCCCAUCUGGCUACAAAAAGUAUUCCCACGAUUCUCAGUUAUAGAAGACUUGUUAUUUUUGGUGAUAUGUGCCGGCUAAAUGCAAACAACACAGCCAAGCGUAUGCUCUGCAUUGACUUCAGCAGUAGUGACAAAUCAGAAACCUUUAAAGAACUUUGUCAAGAUGAUUUGAAGAAGUUUCAAAUCAUUUUAACUCAUUGUCAACCUGAAUACUUCGAUAGGAAAAUGUGGAUAGAUGAUCUAAAUAUGAUAUCGUUAAAUUAAGAGUAAAAUAUUUUUAUUUUUAGUAUUAUUAGACUAAACACUUAAAGAAAAAAAAAAUAAGCAGAAGUCGCGUGAAAUACUGCACUCCUCAUUAAUCUUCGGAUUCGGAAAAAAAGCCUUGUGUAUGGACCUUCACCUUUAACCAUCCUUUAGUCCGUAGAACCGUUGGGGCACCACACAAGAUCUGUCAACUGUCUUUCUCCAUUUCUCUCUGUCCUUUGCCUCCUUGGAGAUAAUGCCAUUUAAUGCCAGGCCUGCCAAUUCUUUGAUGUUAUAUUUCCAUCGCUUCCUCUUCUUCUUUUUCCUGGUUCUUUUCUCCGAAGGAAAGUUGUUGUUUUUUCCCGAUCCCUGAGGAAAUGUGAUGCAGCAGAGUUAAAGUUUGCGUUUUUUUAACAGUAGUAAGCAGGUCUUA